GUUCCAUCCGGAUGGCACCGCACCUCCCAGUCGAUGCCCGAAACGCAUUCGCGCAGUCUCUCGAAAUUAGCCCUCUUAUAGUUUUACGAAACAGUCGUCCGCUUGAUAUUUCAACUCUUCAAUUAACCUACGGACAUCUGUGAUCAUGGAGGUCCGUCAGUGCAUUUUCUUCGGAUUCCUUCUGUCCAUCCCUCUCUCUUCCUUCGGCCUCUCUUCAUUGCACAAAGGAAAUAUCGGCCAGAAUGGACUGUACGAUGAGAACGAUCCUCUCACCAUAUUUACUACUGUGAACUUGAGUGAUUCUCUUGGUGCCAGCAGUACGGCUUGGAUCAUUCAAUUCUACAAUACAUGGUGUGGACAUUGCCAAGCCUUUGCAUCCAUUUGGAAGCAAUUUGCCAAUGAAGUCCAGUCCUGGCACAAAUUCAUCCGUGUGGGUGUUGUAGACUGUGCUAAUGAGGUGAAUCUACAUCUCUGCAGGGAGUUUGAUGUUAAGCUUUAUCCCACCAUCAAAAUGUUUCCACCAAGACUGCAAGGAACCCAAGGAACCAUAGUAUUGGAUAAGACUCCUGAAUCUAUGAAGGCAGAAGUAAUCAAUUUUGUGACUCAACUUCAACAAUCACAGCAACUUUUUAAUUCAAUGCAUCUAGUAGCUUACAUGGGACCAACUCUCCCUGCAGUGAGGCAAAAUGCAGUUCUCAUUGUUGAUAGUGAAAGUGAACUUGGACUCUUUCCCCGUCAGAUAUUGCUAGCACUGUCUUCCUAUGAAGUUAUAGAUGGCUAUUGGACCACCAUAAGAAAUGUGGCUCUCAUGGAAGUGCUUGGAUCACCAACACAACUCCCAGGUGUUUUUAUAAGAGAUGAGAGCCAGAAUUGGAAGCAACUCAAACUGACAUCUCUCUCCCUACAAGAAGUCAUCAAGUCUAUUUUGGCAAGUAACUUGACAACCUCCAAAAUUGGAGAUAUGGCCAGCAAUAGUUUCCCAUCAAAGAUUAUGGCAGUGCAUAUGGUGGAUAUGGAAAAUGGUAUUAGUUAUGCCCUUCGCCAUGAAGCAUCUAGUCACAAAGUUAUAUCUGCAGAUGACCUGUUGAGUUUGGAAGUCUUUGUGAGAACUUUAGGUAGGUACUUCCCUGGCAGAAAAGAAGUGAGGCAGUAUCUAUCAGAACUAGGUGAAUGGAUACAGAAACAUGAUGAUGCACUUGAUGGAGAAACUCUGGAAUCCUAUUUGGCUGAGAAGCAGCACGCUGAUACCUUUCUCCCAUAUCACACAGACUAUAAAGCCUGCAAAGGAAGUAUGCCACGAUAUCGUGGAUAUCCUUGUAGUCUGUGGACACUCUUUCAUACACUGACAGUGUCAGCUACGGUAAAUGAUACUGGGGGCAAUGGGAAAGAGGUGUUGGGAGCCAUACUAGGCUACAUCAAGCAUUUCUUCAGCUGUAGAGAGUGCUCUGAGAACUUUCAGAAAAUGGCACAGGAGUCAUUACAUAUGGUUUCAAGUGGAGAUGAAGGUGUAAUCUGGCUCUGGAGAGCCCAUAAUGUAGCCAAUAAAUGGCUCAGCGGUGCAGUGAGUGAGGAUCCUCAGCACCCCAAAGUACAGUUCCCACCAAAGACCAUCUGCCCUGAGUGCUACACUCCCAAUGGUAUGUGGGAUGAGGGGCAUGUCCUCACUUUUCUCAAGCAUUUCUAUGGACCUGAAAGUAUCGCUCAUGAUGUACAGUUGAAAGGGCAGAUGGUGGGCACUGUGUCAGCUCCCAUCCAUAUAGAUGAUGUGAGGUUCACUGGGAGAAAGAAAUAUAUUUGUGGGCACAUGUUGGAUGGAGAUGAACCACCAGAAGAGGAGGAUGACAAUGUCAACAAACACAAACGCUACCAUGGUCGGAUGGUUGAUGUCCCUGGGUGUUCGUAUUGA